GGAUCAAUGGACCCUGUUUUUGACAAAUUGUCUUUCUAUUCACAAAUGUCCAAGGUUAAGUUUAGUUCAGAACAAUGACCCCAAUGAAAAUUACCGGCAGUCUGAGCCUUUGCUCUUAUUAACAUUGACGUUGGACAACAUCGGUCCCAUGUUUUCUGUGAUUUUCGUUUUGAAGAUUUAUUAUUCUAUAGUGUUUUCCCAACCCCAACUAUAAACAAAACCGUACCAGCUCAAGCUUUUUCUAUAAAGAGCUCAUACAAACAAGGAGACCAACACAAACCAUAAGUAACGGUAGAGAGUUUUCAUUUGCUUCAGUGAGAGAAGUGCUUGAAAAAUAAAACCAAAGAUGCGUUUAAUCUCUUGGGUUUUAGGAUUUAUUUUCCUUAUUCCUCUGCUUUUCAGCUGUGCUCAGGGUGCUGUUUAUAAGUAUUAUUGGGUUGUGAAGCAGACUAAUUUUACAAAGCUGUGUACCAAAUCCACUGUUCUUACUGUGAACGACAGCUUUCCAGGUCCAGAGAUUCAUGCUGCGAGAGGUGAUACCGUUUUUGUCACUGUCCAGAAUGACGGGCCAUAUGGAAUCACUAUUCAUUGGCAUGGAGUUAGACAGCCGAGGAAUCCAUGGUCAGAUGGUCCAGAGUACGUUACUCAAUGUCCAAUUAAGCCUGGGGGAAAAUUCACACAGGAGAUCAAUUUGUCAACGGAGGAAGGAACACUCUGGUGGCAUGCCCACAGUGACUGGUCGCGUGCCACUGUUCACGGAGCCAUCAAAGUUUUUCCGGCCAAGGGAACCAGUUACCCGUUCCAUAAGCCUGAUGGAGACCAAACUAUUGUAUUCUCCUCCUGGUACAAAUCAAAAGUGAUGAAUGUGUUAGACGAAGCUCUCGCAACCGGCGGUGAUCCAAACAUUUCAGAUGCUUACACCAUCAACGGUGAACCUGGAAAUUUGUACAACUGCUCUAAAGAAACAAUGUACAGUUUGUUGGUUAAGACUGGCAAGACUUAUCUCCUCCGCAUUGUCAACGCAAUCCUGAAUGAAGAAAUGUUCUUCGCCAUAGCUCACCACAACAUGACCGUUGUUGGGUCGGACGGAGCAUAUGUCAAACCCUUUUCUACUGAUUAUUUGUUCAUCACCCCAGGCCAAACAAUGGACGUUCUGGUUACAGCAAACCAAUCAGCAAGUUACUAUUACAUGGUUCUUACUCCUUUUCUUGAUACUGAGUCUUCAUAUGACAACACGACCUCUAGGGCACUUAUCAGAUAUAGUGGAAAUUAUGCAACUCCAAGGUCAAUUCCUACUCCAAAAUUUCCUAAUAUCAGUGACUCAAUAUCUGCACAACUCUUUGUUGUUCGCUUGAAGAGUUUAGCAAAUGCAGCUCAUCCAAUCAGUGUCCCCAAAAACAUCACUAGACGAUACUUCAUUACUGUUUCUGUGAAUCUAGUCGCUUGUCCCAAUUCAACAGGUUGUACAGUUUCCGGUAAUAAUAAGCUGGCAGCAAGCUUAAACAACAAUAGCUUUGUGUUGCCAUCAACUUCUCUGCUGCAAGAAUAUUAUGACAAUAACUAUAAUGUGAGCCGUAUUGCUGAUCAGUUACCGAACAAACCGCCUACUCCGUUUAAUUACACAACAGUGGCGAACAUGUCUACGUAUACAAGCGAAGGAAGACGGGUUAUAAAAUUGAAUUAUGGUGACGAAGUGGAAAUUGUGUUCCAAGGAACGAACAUAGGAGCCACGCAGAAUCAUCCCAUGCAUCUUCAUGGCUACAGCUUUUAUUUGGUUGGAACGGGGUCUGCUGAUUUUGACAAUGGCACAGAUCCUGGAAGGUUCAAUUUGGUUGAUCCACCAGAGGUCAACACAAUUGCAGUCCCUAGAAAAGGAUGGUCUGCUAUUAGAUUUAAAGCUGAUAAUCCUGGGGUUUGGUUUAUGCACUGCCAUUUCGAGCGGCAUACGACUUGGGGAAUGAGCACUGUUGUCAUAGUGAAGGAUGGACGCACCAAGAAAACAAGCAUGCGUCCACCACCUUCCUAUAUGCCUCCUUGUUCUUAAGUUUGCAUCAUCUAGUGUGCAGGGUUUGUUAAACAUAUUGAGUGUAUGACUUGAUAAAGUCGUUCACACUAUAAAAUAAUAUUUUCUAUGAAAUUUCUAUCUCGUUUGUCUAUAAUUGGCUAGUUAAGUGCCCAACACCUAUAUCCAUUCGUUUGCAAGACGUGUCAAAAGAGGUAUCUCUCAACUAAAUCCAAUGGUUUUUCUAAAACUGUGAUACAACUUACAAGAGGAAAUGCAGACUGA